AUGGCCGCCAGCACGGGUGCAUCCUUGAAUCCCCUUUCGCACCCUUGGACACUCCUCGCCGCACAAAUCAUCCUGACAAGUCUAACUGUGGGAUUCACAAAGCCAUCAUGUUUCAUACGACCUGCGAUGCUGCUGCCGAUACUUUGCAUGACGACUGUCUAUAUCUCAACGGCGCGAACGCGUGUAGACAAUAUCUUCCAACUGAGUUGGGGAGGGUCUCAAGCUGUGCUCGCAACAUAUCAGUACAUCGACGUGGCCAUCGUGAGUCGCUGGAAUUUCGAGCAUUCCGGUCCGGAACCUAGAAACAAGUCCGAGAAACAAAGGUCACCAUUCGGAGCUGAUAACCCCUGGAAUCGACUCAAGUUUGGGUUGUACGCGGCGUCCAGCUUCCGCAACUGCGCAACAGUCUUCGAGACACGUGGUAUAAAGCCUUUCAACAGGAAGGAUCCGUCCUUCAUCCCAUCAAAAGAGCGGUUCAUUGUCUCCGCCACGAUGCACCUGAUCGCAUGCUAUCUAACGCUAGAUGCUCUGACUUCUUUGGGUGAUCCCGACAAGCAAGCGGUGCUGUUUUCGGAAUCCAGAAUCCCUCUGCUCUCUCGGCUGGACCAGGUCACAAUGCAGGAGUUGAUUGAGCGUCUGACCUGCUCUUUGGUCUUCUGGAUUGUCAAUUACUUGGUGUUGUCGACCUCGGUCACGGCUAUCAGCCUCAUUAUGGUGGGAACGGGCUUGUCCUCGGUGGCAUGGUGGAAACCACUGUUCAAUAUUGACAAUGGAUUUCCUUAUACUGUCCGCAGGUUCUGGAGCAACUUUUGGCAUUUGUCGGUCAGGAACCGCAUCUUUGCGCCCAGCGUGUAUACUGUACACAAUAUCUUGAAGCUGCCUCGUGGUUCUGCAAACAGUCGAUACAUGGUUCUUAUUCUCACAUUUGCCUACUCUGCAGGCUUCCACGCGUUGGGAGAUAUUUCAUGUGGUAUCUCACCUCACAAGACAGGUGCAUGGCUUUUCUUUUCUGUUCAAGCCGUGGCAGUGAUGGUGGAGGAUCUAGUGCAGUGUAUGUGGAAGCAGAUAUUCCCUGAGACGAAAAGCCAAAGGCAGAUCGCCCCAUGGCAGAUCUGGGUCGGCAGACUGUGGGUGUUUCUAUUGAUGUAUUGGUGUACCCCGUUCUACGCGUACCCCGUCACGGCGCACAAUGGUGAUGGCCUCAUAGUGCCUUUCAGUGUCAUAAGGCGUAUGUCUGUGUGGUAA